CCGGGAGAAUUGUUGAAUUGGGAUGACAUCCAGAAGAUGAAAUAUUCGUGGAAUGUUGCUUGUGAAGUAAUGAGACUUGCGCCUCCACUCCAGGGUGCUUUCAGGGAAGCCAUGGAUGACUUUGUGUUAAAUGGAUUCUCAAUUCCAAAAGGCUGGAAGUUGUAUUGGAGUGCNAGUUCAACACACAAGAAUCCAGAGUGCUUCGCAGAGCCAGAGAAGUUUGAUCCGAGUAGAUUUGAAGGAAAAGGACCAGCUCCUUAUACUUAUGUACCAUUUGGAGGAGGGCCAAGGAUGUGCCCUGGAAAAGAGUAUGCUCGAAUGGAAGUAUUGGUGUUCAUGCACAACUUGGUCAAAAGGUUCAAAUGGGAAGCCAUUAUUCCUGAUGAAAAAAAAUUUUAUGAUCCCAUGCCUGUUCCUGCCAAAGGCCUUCCUGUUCGUCUUUAUCCUCACCAACCUUGAAAGGACUUAUAUUAUGAUAUUCUUCGACCAA